ACCACCCGCUUCGCAUUUGUGUGCGUGUACCAGAACGCGCAGUUAGUCCUCUAGCUAGCAGCGAGUAUCGCGUUUUUUCCUCUCGUUUUCCUUUGUACCUCGCUGUUUCGUGUGAUUUUUCUAGCUCUCUCAACUACUGCGAAAGCUAUAGAUUAUUGCCAGCUAGCGAAGCAAGCAAAAAGCCACCAUCAGCAAAUAAAUUAGCCGAGGAAAAAAAAUCAUUCUGCAAGCAACGGGAGUAUAACCUGGAAAUCGAAGGAACCACAGUGUUUUUCGGGAGUAGAAUUUCAUCGGAGCUUGAAGGGCCCGUCGGAUCCCAUCGCAAGUGCGUGUAGUGGAAAGUUUCUGGGGGUUGUGUCAGUCGUGAGUGAAGGUAAAGGUGUGCUGCGGUAGUCCGAAAGUCAGUCGAAGAAGAACGGGAACAGCAGCAGCAGGCUCAAAUUGGAUAUACUGGGAUACGAAAAUAGCCGUCGUAAAUCGUCGGUCCGGCAGGCAAAAUGGAUUGUCCCCACAUAGGUGAUAACGUCGUCCUCCGGAAGGAUGCGGUGAGAAACCUGAAAAUGGCCGUAUGUGUACCCCCGAUCGCGACGACGGUCCCACCAGAAACGGGAACACCUCCUCCAGCUACUUCUCCAGUAGCGAUUUCGAAAUUGUGGAAAUGUGCAGAAUGUCCCGGCAAAGACAACUGGAUGUGUCUGCAGUGUGGAUCGGUGCGAUGUGGACGGUACGAAAGCGGGCACGCUUUGAAGCACUCUUCGAAACAGAACCACAGCAUUUGCAUCAACACAGUCAAUUUGUCGGUUUACUGCUACAAAUGCGAUGAAUUCGUUGUAAACGAUACACCCGACAACACGCUAGAGGAAAUUCGCCAAGAGUUGAAGGACGGCGACGGAGAUACCGUAUCGGAGACUUCCUCCACGAUGGAGGAAAUCAGUUCAUCCAAAUCGGGCCAGGAGUCGGCCAGCAGUACUUCGUCGUCGAGUGAUUCCGGCUGGGAGGAACCUUCGACGAUUUCAUCAGUAUCGUCGUCCUCCACCAAUACCACCACCAACAGUAGCACCAGCAGCGGAGUCACUGCGUCCUCGCCAAGUAUCCGAAAGUUGCGACCACGCAAGCGGACGAUCUCCAGCGACAGCAACAACGAAAAUGGCACGGCUGGUGGUGGCGGCGGCGGAGGAGGAGCGGCCAAGCGGAAGUCGAUGCGGCGAGUAGUGGGUCUGCGGAAUCUGGGGAAUACAUGCUUCAUGAAUUCAGUAUUACAAUCGCUGAGUAACAUUCAGAAGUUUAGCGAUUAUUUCAACACAAUGCCCUCGCUGGAGACGGGCAAACACAAACAGAAAGCGUACCAAUCGCGCAGCAUGAAGGAGAACCUUGACGACGUGUUUGUGGUGGAGGAGCUGCGAAAGGUUCUUUUGAAUCUCAGUCAGGGUGGAGAUGGCUCCAAAGGAGCGAUCUCACCAGAGUGUUUAUUCCUGGUGAUCUGGAAGGUGGUGCCCCAGUUCCGGGGUCACCGCCAGCACGAUGCACACGAGUUCCUGCGUUACAUGCUGGAUCGAUUACAUACCGAGCUACAGCAGGUAUCAUUCCCAGUAGAAAUAUCGUCCAGCACAGCGGCGCAGAAGGCCAGUGAAACGAGAAGUAACCCGUACAAUAUUCCGGCCCUCAGUCACCUGCAGUCCAAAGGGCGAAACUCGAUAGUGACCAACGUUUUCGGCGGCAUCCUGCAGAGUGAGGUACGUUGUCUAAUCUGUGGCAUGGAGAGCAAAAAGCACGACCCUUUCCUGGACCUUUCGCUGGACAUUCCGGAGAAGUUUUACAACAAGGACCCGCCCGAGGGCGCCGAGAAGGACAAAGAUGGGAACGUUCCGACGUGCAACAUUACCGACUGUUUGGACAGUUUUACGGAAGUGGAAGAACUCACCGAAACAGAGUUGUACUAUUGCAGUUCAUGUAAGUGCAAGCAAAAGUCCACCAAACGAUUUUGGAUCCGCAGAUUACCGAACGUUCUAUGCUUACACAUAAAGCGCUUUAGAUGGAACAAUUUCUACAGAACCAAAAUCGAUUUGAGGAUAUCGUUCCCAAUCAAUGCACUGGAUAUGUCGAAGUUCGUACUAAACAAUGGUCCGGAAACGAGGCGUUCGAAUUCCAGCUGUAAUAUUUACGAUCUGGCGGCAGUUAUUGUGCAUCAUGGAAACGGUUCCAGCUGCGGUCACUACACCUCGUACGCGAUCAACAACGGCGUGUGGAUGCACUUCAACGACCACUCGGUGAAGGAAGUGAGCAGCAGCGCCGUGGCCGAGUGCAAACCGUACAUCCUGUUCUACAUCAAACGGGAUCCCAGCAACCCCAGCCGGCAGCUGACGAUGGCGCCUUCUUCGACGAUGACUUGUGGGGCUCCAACGGCGACCGCGUCUUGAGAUUAAGUUAUUCUUCUUUUAAGACUGAUUAAUAUAGAAAGAAAAAAAAAAGAGCGCGCAUAGCAAAAGGAAAACCAACGUAAUUGAGAAGCAUGCCCUGCUGGAUGCCGACAACAUCUCAAACAUCAAACUGGUAGGCAGAGACGAUUGCAUGUCUAACCGCAGAAUUCUGGUUCUCUAAAAUGGGGUUCUCUGUUUUUCUGGAAAACAUCGCCAAACAGAUUCGAGAACGGUGCGAGAUGGUCACAUUACUAGCAAAAAUUUUAGCCAACAAAAAAACGCAAAUGUCAAAGCAGAUGUUCAAAACUAGUAGUAAAUUACCCAUAAAAACUGAUGGAAUGCCCUAUCGAAUCGUUGCUUGGUUUCCGGUCCAUCGUUUACUCGGUUUUUUGGUUGGACCGUCAACAAAACGUUAUGUUCUCCCCCACACAAACACCCAAAAAGCAGAAUUUUAGAUUGUGAUAGAUUGAAGCAUUUUAGCAUCGUCCUACUUUAUCGUUUCCAGAACACAUAGGUACACAGACAGUCCACCAGCCAUCCAGUUGCAGUGUAAACGAGUGUUCAUCAGCGUAUGUGUUUCCUUUUUAUGUCCAUGCUGCAUCAGAAAUUGUGAUUGCGAGAGGAAACUUUUCGUCAGAUUCCAGAGUUUUUUCUUUCCUUUAUAUUAGAGUUUUUUUUUGCAUCAAUCUAGAGAUUCUCAAAGAGGCCGCUGCGUUUUUGUGAUUUUUUUUUUUAAAUAUCUAUAGCUUUAGAUUAUGUGUACUAUUUUUGUCCUUAUUUUAGAUAGUGUUCCCAAUUCCCAGUCCAGUUUGCAACUUUCAUUAUUGCUGGCUCAAUGCAAUGUUAAUUUUAUGCUGUGAACAAAUUGAGAAUGAAAACUAUGUCUUAGCGAGGUAUUUAUUUCGAAAUAAAUUCCGCAGAAAAAUAAUCCAAUCUAGUGGUAGAUCUUAUUUAAGCCAUUAAGCAAACCAUUUGGUUAGCUUCUUUCUGUUCCUGGGAAACACCGACACAUAGAAAAGUGGAGUUUUUGUUUCUGGUAGUGGAGUGCUGCAGUCCCCUGUGCAUUGUGAUCGCAAAUGAUUUGAAAGGUUAUGUGUCGCUUCACACCACUGGCAGAAAAGUCUCACAACGUUCGAUUCGUCUUUGGAAAUAGUUCUGGUAAAUACAAAAACAAAACUAAAAAAAAUAUCAUUACACACCUACACAUUCGCAAAAUGGAAAGAAAUGAAAUAAACAAAUCCUUUCGAAGAAGAAAGGGAAGCAACAGAGUACGAAAGAUUAAUUAUAUUAAUAAAAUUAAUAUAUUAAGAAGUGAAAUUUCUCUAGCUAUCCAUAUGAAAAAUGAAAAUAAACAUUAAAAAAGUUAA